AUGGUCCGAGGCAUGGAUAGAGGAUUUCGUCGUGGAGGGGGACCUCCACGAUUCCAAAGAGAAGAAGGCCCACCAGACCAAGUCAUCGAAGUCGGCGAAGUUAUUCACUCUUCUGAAGGUAACCAGCUUCUCUGCAAAGCCACAAUUGACCAAGUCCCAUGGUUUUCUAAAGGCGUCUACCUAGAAAACAAAGCACAAAUCGGCAAAGUAGACGAAGUCCUCGGGCAAACUUUUGACUUUGUAAGCUUUAUUUAGAUGUUUAGCGUGCAACUGGACGAAAAUAUGAAGGCAGAGAGCUUUGAAAAGGGCACAAAAGUCUAUAUGAGUCCUGCAUUUCUGUUUCCAAUGGCAAAAUUCACCAGUCCGCCUACAGCUAAAGCUGGUGGAGGCAGAGGACGUGGCGGAAGAGGCGGCAGAGGUGGAAGAGGAGGAUCAUUCAGAGGAGGUGACAGAGGUGGAAGAGGAGGAUCAUUCAGAGGUGGAAGAGGAGACUCAAGAGGAGGAAGAAGAGGAGGGUUUAGACGAUUUUAA